AUGGUAUCCCUCACUAUCAGCACCAAGGGCAAGCCCAAGGUGUCGGUCGAUUUCCCAGACCGGCAUCCCGAGCAAGUCACCGUCAAACAGCUCCACCAGGCUGUCCACGCCAAGUUUCCCGUGCUCGUGCCGAACAGGCAGCGACUGACUAUCUCGAAAGGCGAAGGAAAGCCCACACCCUUGACGGACGAGUCUAAAUCGCUCGCUUCGUAUGGCGUGGGAGACAAGGCGGAGCUUCGACUGAAGGAUCUCGGGAAGCAAGUGCCGUAUCGGUACCUGUACUUGUGGGAAUAUGCUGGACCGAUCUUCAUCAACCCGCUGUUCCUCAAGCUCUCUCACCACAUCUGGGGAGCAUACACGCCGUCCGCUCUGCAAAUAGCUAUUCGCAAUAUCAUCGUACUGCACUUCAUCAAGCGGUGGCUGGAGUCUGCAUUCGUCCACUCCUUCUCGCGGUCAACAUUGCCACUAGCCUACGUCUACCGAAACUCGGCUUACUACUGGGGAGUCGUUGGCGUGCUCUGUGGCUUGACGCUGUACCGCCCCGCCUACUCUGCUGAGGCGCUCAAGGGCUCCAUCCUGAACAACCCCGCUUGGGUCGGCUUUUGGAGCCUCUUUAUCCUGUGCGCUGAACUCCUCAACCUCAACGCCCACGUCCACCUCGCCUCGCUGCGCCAGCCCGCUGGUCAGCCACGCAAGUACCCUACCGGUCUUGGCUUCGGGACCGUCGUGUGUGCCAACUACUGGUUUGAAACCCUCGGUGUCUUUGCGAUGAGCAUCAUGACUGGCUUUGAUAUUGGCACUGUGGUGUACAGCGUCAUUGCGACGAUGUUCAUGCACCGCUGGGCGGCGGGCAAGUACGCCAGGUAUAAGCGCGAGUUUGACCCCAAGGUGUUCCCGGGGAGGAGGUGGAAGUGGUUCCCGCCCUUCAGCUGA